AUGGCUCCCAAUCGGUUACUUAAUCUGAUUAUGAACGAUUCAGAUUUUUCUGACUCGGAUGAUGAGUUGGAGAUAUUUCAAGCAGUUGCUACAUAUGAAAGUGAGAGGGACUCGAGCUCAAGCCGCAAUCGUCGCACGGUUACUAAUCGCAACACUUUUGGAGCUCAAAACCGGCUUUUUGAUGAUUACUUUGCUGAAUCUCCUGUAUUUCCUCCGCAUUAUUUUCGAAGGAGAUUUCGAAUGAGCCGUUCUCUUUUUCUUCGUAUACAUGAUGCCGUAAAAGCACAUGAGCCUUACUUUAUCCAGAAAAGAAAUGCAGCAGGAAAGCUUGGUUUAUCAUCUCUUCAAAAAAUGACUGCCGCGUUUAGGAUGCUAGCUUACGGUGCACCAGCCGAUUCCGUGGAUGAAUACGUGAGGAUUGGAGCAACCACUGCCUUAGAAAGCCUAAGAAGAUUUCUUAGAGCAGUAAUUGACGUGUUCUCCGAGGACUAUUUGAGGUCACCCAACGCCGCUGAUGUAGCUAGAUUACUAGCGGUUGGUGAACUGCGGGAAUUUCCGGGGAUGUUAGGGAGCCUUGAUUGCAUGCAUUGGGAAUGGAAGAAUUGCCCAACUGCUUGGCAAGAUAGGUCUUCAUUAUUCGAUGAGGUUUCUUUAGGACGUGCUCCUCCAGUCAAUUAUACCAUCAAUGGCAAUGAAUAUAAUAUGGGAUGCUAUUUAGUUGAUGGUAUAUAUCCACAGUGGGCAUCUUUUGUGAAAACAAUUCCAUCUCCGCAAGGGAAUAAGAAAAUUUUUUUUGCUCAACAACAAGAAUCCACAAGGAAGGAUGUAGAACGGGCAUUUGGAGUGCUUCAAGCAAGGUUUGCAAUUGUGCGAGGACCGGGGCAGUUGUGGGAUAAGAAAACACUGAAAGAUAUAAUGUUAACAUGCAUAAUAUUACACAAUAUGAUCAUUGAGGAUGAACGAGAUUAUAAUGGAGCAGCUGAUCUCAACUAUGAUCCAUUGGAGCAUACUCCUCUUGUAGAAGUUUCACACGAGAGAACUAUUGACCUUGUGGAAUUCAUUCGACGCAAUCAUCAGAUAACGGACAGGGGAACUCAUUCUCAACUCCAAGCAGACCUAAUUGAACACCUUUGGCAAAUGUACGGCCAAUCGUAG